AUGUUUCGAGGGGAUAAUUCUCAUUCAUUGAGUUAUGAACAACAGUCAAAAUUUAUUUUAGAUCGUAUAACUAACGUAGAGAAACACUUUGGUGAACUUUGUGUCGGUUUCGGUGAUUAUACUCGGAAAACUGCUAGAUUACGUGACAUGGGAGACGAACUCGCAAAAAUAUUUAAGGAGUAUGCUAAUAAUGAAUUAGUUAACAAAUCCUUGAGUACUGGUUUAGACAAUUUGUCUUUAACAUUAACAGCUAUAGAGGAAUAUAGAAACUGUGCUGUUCAACGCUUGGAAGCAAAGGUAAUUGGGGAGUUAUGCCAAUACGAAAAUAUUUGUAAACACGCCCGCGAAGAACUGAAACAUACUAUGAGCGUUCGUGAGAAAGAAAUGGCGAGGAAGAAGAUUCUUGACAAAGCUCGAGAAAGGCAACCAUUUAAUCGACAACAAGUGACAUACGCUGAAUCCGAGCUCCUCAAAGCAUCAGCGGAGAUGUCGCGUACAGCUAAGGGUCUCAGCGAGCUGACAGAGUUCUUUGAAAAACGCAAGUUGCAGCAACUGAAGGGUCUACUCACGGACUUCGUGAUGGUGGAAAUGACAUUUCACUCGAGGGCUGUGGAACUGCUAACUGUUGCGUACCAGCAAAUUGGUGAUAUCAACGAUAAAGCUGACUUAGAGAACUUCAAGCGGAAGCUAAAGUCUCCAGAAAAGCCAGUCAGCACUGGUAUUUCGGCGAGAUCUUCUUCGCUUGCGUCACUCAUGUAUCCACAAAUGUCUCCACAAAAAGACGACGACUCCUCGAGUUUGGGAAAAAUGCGUUCACCGGAUAAAAAUAUGAAAGCGAGAUCAAGCUCUAUAGCAGCACUCAUGAACCAUUCAACUUCGAAAGACGAAGACACUGUUACGGAAACAGAUGACUCUGAAGAUCAAAGCUCUACGGAAGAGUCCGAAUCGAAAUAA